CUGCACGUGACGUUAUAGCCUCACCUCAAAGCACUUGCUUCCAUUACCGGCGACGAGUCGCAAACGCGUCGACAGACCUUGGCUGCAUCCACAACCAUCGUCAAUCAGACGUCGGAUAUCCUCUAUUAUUAGCGUAGAUCAUUACCAGAGGCCUCAGCAACCAUGGGAAAGAAGAGACGCGGACCAACCUUGGAAGAGGUUUUAGCUCGUCCAUGGUGUUACUACUGCGAGCGCGAUUUCGAUGACCUCAAGAUCCUCAUAUCACAUCAGAAAGCUAAACAUUUCAAAUGUGAAAGAUGCGGGAGAAGGCUUAAUACUGCCGGAGGAUUGUCGGUUCAUAUGAGUCAAGUACAUAAGGAGCAGUUAUCGGCUGUUGAUAAUGCGCUUCCGAACCGAUCGAGUCUUGAUGUUGAGAUCUUUGGCAUGGAAGGUGUCCCUGAAGACAUCAUUCAGACUCAUAACCAGCGAGUCGUAACACAGUUCCACCAAGCCGAGGCCGAGCGUCAGGCCCAGACUGGAAACCCUCCCCCGGGCGCGGGCGUCGGUGGACAGCCAGCAAAAAGACCGAAGCUCGAAAACGUAUCGGAUCUGAAGAAGCGGCUGGCAGAACACAAAGCUAAAAAGGCCGAGGCACGUACGGGAGAAAGCAGUGGCGAUGCGACGCCUGUUGGUGCUGGACAAACACAGAAUAGCCAGUCACCCUCGACAACCGCCCCAAACCCCUCACAGUACACAUACCCUCAGCCGUACGGAGGUGCGGGCUCCCCUUAUCAACAAACGGCAAGUCCAGUCUACCAGAAUUUCUCACCAGGCGGACAAUCGCAAUUUCCUCCUAGUGCGCAGUAUACUCCAUCGGGAUACUCCCCGCAAUCGUUUCAGGGUACCCCCGGACAGACUGGUCCAGCUUAUGGAACACCCCCACCAUUCCCGCCACAACAGCAACAACAACCAACUCCUCAGACCAAUACGCCCCCACAGGUCGCCGCAUUUCCCCAGCGAUCUGGGAGCUUGCCGGCUGCCCCCGGUCUUCCGCAACGACCCGCCGUGGGCGCUCCCCAGGUCAAUGCCUAUCAGCUACAACAGAUGCAUAUGGGUCAUCCGGUGCCGACCGCCGGUGCACCGACCGGAGUCGCCAACGGCGAGAAACCACCAGGAGCCGAAGCCACGCCGAUCUCGUCGUCUAUUGACGAUCUCAUAUCCGGCGCCGCAAAAGAAGCCGACCAAGCAGCUGCAACCGCUGCCCCUCCCACAGAAGAAAAGCCCACCAAAAAGGACAAGUCCAAGCAAUCAAGAUUGGUGUAUUCUGACAAUGAGACCAGUCCGGAGGAAAAGAUGGCGAAGUUGUCAAGGUACGCAUUCGUUCCCAACCGUUUAGGGGAAACGGCGCUUGAAGAACAAGUUCCUGCGGCCGUCGCUGGGGCCGAACGGGGCCCGGACACCAUAUUCGACGCAACGGAUUAGUUACCGAAGAAACCAGAACGGUUGGCGAUGGGGGACAACUCAGCCGACCUUCUCGAUGCUCGGCCCGAUACGCGCAAGACCUGCGAGGUCAGCGGACAGGAAUGGACCACAAAAUCCAGCUAAGUUCGAUUGCAUGUCAAAUUCUAGAUACACGUUUUGAUGAUCUAUCUUCUGGUCAUGCUUUACUGCUUCCUACCCUGAUCUUCUGUCAGUAGUUGGCGGCCUUUGCAAAAAGAAAAAAGAAAAGAGCGGGCCUUGCAGCAGGCAUCGCUCCAGUUU